GCGGCUGUUCGUUAGCGCGGGGCUCGGCGCGCGGCGGGCGCGCGCUGGGACCGUCCGGUGCGCGCAGCCCCGGCCGCCGUGGAGCCGUUUUCUAGCCCUGUGAGUCGGUAGAGGAAACCAUCUGAGCUUUAAUUUGUGACAGUGUCGCUACAAUCUGGGGCAGGACAGCAUGAGAUACUGGGUUUUCAGAACAAACCGGCGUGAAGUCCCACUGGUCCCACAAUAACGUCGUGGAAAACCACCGCUGCGAGUUUCCUCAGUUUUCAAGGUUCGAUAUUCCAAGAACUGACCUGCAUUAUAUCAAGAAACUUUCCAAAUAGCAAUGGCCAGAUUGUUGCAAGAUCCAUCUAAACUUCAUCCCUCAGAAUGGUACACUGCAAACAAGAUGCAGCGUGCCAGUACAGAGUCCCAGAAAUCCAGGUCAGAAUGCAUGAUAGCUGAGAGUUGGAGGCUGGUGGAUGAAAUAGAAAAGACAACUCAAAAAACCCAAAGUGAUGUCAACAAGAAAUUAGAACAGAGACGAGAAGAGAUAAAAUUCUGGAAGCAAGAAUUAGAUAACAAGCUAGAACAAAUUGUUCACGAGACAGAGAUUUUGUUGACUUUCAAGAACAGGCUGGAGAGAGCUUUGGAGGGUUGCAAAGAGCCCCUUGUCAUUGCCCAAAAGUGUCUCCUGUACAGGCAGAGGCGAGUUGGGAUUGACUUGGUGCAUGAUGAAGUGGAACAGGAACUGCUGAAGGAAGUUGAAGUCCUCCAGGGGAUUAUUGCUUUACUUGGACGUACUUUGGAACAAACAAAUGAGCAAAUCAGACGAAAUCGUUCAGCAAAAUAUGACCUGGACAUGGAUCUGAAGGACAAAUUCACAGCUUUGACGAUUGAUGAUUACUGUGCUAGCUUGACAAACGACACUCCUCAUAUUAUAUAUGCUGAUAAUGCAAUGAAACUAAAAGGAAAUUUUGUUAGCCCUGAGGACUGGUUAGAUUUCUCAAACAUAAAUGUUGAAAAGGCUGACAAGCAGCGAAACAAUUCUUUGGCACUGAAGGCACUUAUCGAUGGCAUCCUCUCACAGAUAGCAAAUGACAUGCGCAAGCAAUGUGAGAUGGUGAAUAAUGCUUUUAGAAAUAGGGUGAAGGAAGUCAAGGAUGCCAAGCACAAGCUAGAGACACUUCUUGCAAUGGUGAUGGAUGAGACUGCCUCACAGGAGAAGAACAUUGCAGCCUUAAAGAAAGCAAUUGCUGAUAAGGAAGCACCUGUAAAAGUGGCUCAAACCCGCUUGGAAGCGAGGAACCAUCGCCCCAAUGUGGAACUGUGCUAUGACACAGUGCACAGCAGCCUGAUGAGUGAAGUUCAAGAGAUCACGAAAAAUAUUCAAAGAUUAAAGGAUGCAUUGGCACAGGCUCAGACAGAGCUGAAAGGCCUGAGCCGCCGACAGCUUUCCUUGGAGGAAGAGAUCAAGGUCAAGGAGAACACACUGUAUAUUGAUGAAGUGCUGUGCAUGCAAAUGAGAGAGUCUGUUUGCAUAAACAGUUACUGAAGUCAUUAUACUGGGAGACUAUGCUCCAAAGAACCAGUUCCUGCUGAAAUUUUAUUUGCAAGCUUCCAAAUUUAUUGGCUUGACUCAAUGCUGUCUAGUUGCACAAGGUAAUUAAAACAGACCUAGUACUUACAGCUAUCUGCUUCUGAACUAUCUAUGCUCUAAAAUGUUUGAUGAAAUCUUCCACUUGGCAAUAAAAUUCAGAAUA